AUGAAUUUCUGGGAGACGGUGCUUUGCUCCUUGCUGGGAUCCCUGCUGGCGAUCGUGCUUGGUGGCCUCUACACGGCGGGAGCGUUUCGCAAGAGGAGACCCAAAGAACCUCCUCUGGAUAAAGGCUGGAUUCCAUGGCUGGGACACGGGCUAAGCUUCAGGAAGAACCCUGUUGAGUUUCUGGAAGGCAUGAGGAAGAAGCACGGGGAUAUUUUCACCGUUCUGGUCGGCGGCAACUAUAUCAACAUGGUGGCGGAUGCUUCCACGUACGAGGCCAUCAUUAAGGAAUCCAAAGACAAGCUGGAUUUUGGAACCUUUGCCUUGGUUAUCGUUUCGAACACGUUUGACUUCCACCCGGGCGAAAUUCAUCACAAAAUUGUACAAAACGUUAGCAAGAAGUAUCUCAACGGCAAGAACCUGGCUGCCCUGAACCAGAUCAUGAUGCAGAAGCUGCAGACCGUGAUGCUCCAUGGCCGCGGUUCGAGAGAUGGACCGAAAUCGUGGCAGCAGGACGGAGUCUUCCAUUUCAGCUACAAAACCAUCUUUCAGGCCGCAGUUCUGUCCUUGUUUGGCACCGACCCGGGGGAAAAAGCGGAGAGCAAAGACAGCGACAUAGAAAGGAAGCUGAAAAAAUGUGGAGAGCUCUUUGUUGAGUUUCAAAAAUUUGACCAUUUCUUUCCCCAGUUGGCCCUUGGCAUGCUGGAUGCUCAGAGCAAGAAGGAGGUGGACAGGCUGAGAAAUAUCUUGUGGGACUUCCUUUCUGUGGAAAAGAUGUACCAGAGGGACGACAUCAACCCCUGGAUCACUGAACAAGACAGAGAGAUGGCGGAGGCGGGAAUGACCGAGAAGAUCAGAACUCAGGUGCAGCUUCUUCUCCUCUGGGCCUCGCAAGCUAACACAGGCCCGGCUACUUUCUGGAUCCUUCUGUUUCUCCUGAAACAUCCGGAAGCCAUGAAGGCCGUGAGGGAAGAAGUGGAGAAAGCCCUGCGAGAGGCUGGCCAGGAGGUCAAGCCAGGUGGCCCUUUUAUCAACGUGGCCUUGGAGACCAUCAAGACGCCUCUUCUGGACAGCACCAUCGAGGAAACCCUGCGCUUGAAAGCCAGCACGUUUCUGUUCCGGACGGUGAUGCAGGAAAUGGGUCUUACCAUGUUUGACGGGAAAGAAUACCUCCUGAGAAAAGGGGACCAGAUUCUCCUCUUCCCCUUCCUUUCGCUGAACAUGGAUCCAGAAAUCUACCCUGAGCCUCAGAAGUUCAAAUACGACAGGUUCCUGAACCCCGAUGGCACCAAAAAAGAAUUUUAUAAAAACGGGUUGAAGCUGAAGUAUUACAACAUGCCCUUUGGCGCUGGACCCUCUAUGUGUCCUGGGCGCUUCUUUGCGGUGAGUGAAAUGAAGAUGUUUGUGAUUCUGAUGCUGAGUUACUUUGACAUGGAACUGAUCGACCAAGGAGAAGAAAUCCCUCCGGUGGAUGUACAUCGCUUUGGGUUUGGAACGGCAAACCCUUCUUGUGACAUCCAAUUCAGGUAUCGGCCGCGAUUCUAA